CGCGGGUGCCUCUCGCCAUGUCCCAGAUCCUGUGCGAGUGGCUCAACCGGGACGUGAAGCUCUCCCGGCGCAUCGUUCCAGGAUCAUUUCCAGAAGAAUUUUCUACUGGCUACCUCCUAGGAGAACUUCUGCACAAAUAUGGUCUUCAGGAUGACUUCAAACAAUUUUCACAGAACAGAGGUGCAGAUGCAAAAAUUAACAAUUUUUCUCGCCUGGAACCCACACUUCACCUCCUUGGUGUGCAAUUUAAUGAGAAUAUGGCCCAAGACAUCAUGACAAGACAGCAUGGGGCUGCGACAAAGCUUUUAUAUGAAUUGUAUAUUGCUUUAGAAAAAAAGAGGAAGGCAAAGCUCACUGGAGUAGUCGUGGGAGCAAUGAGACCUGCAGCAACUGCAAAGCUUAGGUCUACUGAGAGUAGAAAUCAAGAGCAUUACAUAGGAAGGAGACAAAAUGAAAUAUUGGCCAGGAUUCAAACAGCUGCUAUACAGAUUCAAAAACAACCAUCAAGACCCACCAUAAAGUCUUCUGAAGCCAAAAGAAUCUUAAAGAAGAAAAGGGAAGCAGAGAACGUAUACAAGGAGAUAGAAAAGUUUGAGAUGUCUAUGACAGGAAAUGUCUCUGCAGUACCUGGCCAUGUGACCAACAGUGAUAUGCAAGAAUUGCAAACACAGAAGUUUCGAGAAGCAAAUCUAGAAACUAUACCAGCGACAAGAACUGAGCUGUUAAAUAUUUAUUCAGAUGAUGAAUAUUUAAGGAAAAUUCAAAAACGUGUACAGGAAGAUACAUUUGCUAGAGAGCAACGAGCAAAGAGACGACGAAAAAUGCUUGUGGAUCAGUUAGCAAUACAUGAGAUUCAAGAGAAGGUUUACCGGGAGGAGCAGCUCAUUUACAGGCUAAUGAAACAAUCUCAGCAUGAGCGAAGGAUUGCUGCUCAACUCAUGCACGUUCGGCAUGAAAAAGAGGUGAUAAGGCAAAACAGAAUUUUCAGGGAAAAGCAAUAUGAAGAAAGACGGCGGAAGGAGUUCCAGGAAGCCCUUGACAGAGAAGCGGCUCUUGCAAAGCAAGAAACUAUAGAUAAUGAAGAACAAAUAACCAGAGAAAGAAAAUACCAUGAGAAAAUUGCUGCUGAAAGAGCUCAAGCACGCUAUAAAAAGCAUUAUUCUAUGUGUUGGGAAAUGAUAGACCAAAUCAUUGAUAUAUCGACAAAAGUAGGAGAAUAUCGUCAACUGACAAACAACCGUGUUCCACUUAAACUGAUGCUGGAUUGGAAGGAACUUUUUUUUAAAGGAAAACCAAUAUAUGAACAAGCCUCAGUUCAACCUUUGUCGGAUGAACCUAGCCCAGAACAACUUGUAGAGCUGAAUAAAAUCAGUCUGUUAGAUGAAAAAGAUUAUGGUGAAUACAAGAGUAUGACAGGGGAAUGGAGCCCAGCUGAAGAGAACAGUGAAAACAAACCUCCUCCUAAUAAUAAUAUAUUGGGUCAUAUACUUCGUAGACUGAUGGAAAUGUUCUAUCCUCCAAAACCCAAAUCUUCACGUGAAUUUCCUUCAUUUCCUGUCAAGGGAUGUGUUUUGGGAAAAAUGUUUAGUGGAAAAACUACCUGUGCAAAGUUUGUUGAAAAAGUUUGCAAUAUUCAGGUACUAUCUGUUGGUACUCUGGUUCAGGAGGCCAUUGAAGCUUUUCUUAAUAAUGAAAUGAAAAGUGAAUCCAGCAUAAUAUCACAGGAAGCAGAGAGUCCUGGAGAGCAAAAUGAGGACCAGGAGAACUUACCAAAUUCACCACCAAAUCUAGAGGAGCUCGAAACCACAGAUGCACAACUUACCACAGAACUUACCACAGAACCCAGCACGGAACUUACCAUAGCACUUACCACAGAACCCAGCACAGAACUUAGCACAGAACCAACCACAGAACUUACCACAGAACUUAGCACAGAACCCACCACAGAACCCACCACAGAACUUAACGCAGACAAUUGUCCUGUUGAAAAGGAUACAUCCCAGGAAGAAAUCCAGGAAGAAUUUGAAUUGGAUAGCAAUCAGGAUGGCCUAUCCAAGCUGUCUGUGCGUGCCAAACUUGGUGCUGAAUUACAGAAAUGGCUGAAGAACGGAAAAAGUGUUCCCGAUGAAUUACUAAUUGACAUCCUAUUGGAAGCCAUUGCCCAAAUAUCACCAGAGAAGGGGUGGAUUGUGGAGGGGUUUCCAAUGACAAUCAAUCAGGCAAAGCUAUUUGAAAAAUCCUAUACAGGGAUUGAUGUAGAAGCAAAAGAUCCAAUUUCUGAAAAGCUGUCCCUUGCUAUAGAUCCCAGAGCCCCUACCCAGCCUCCUCCUACCUCACCUGCAUUUGAUGUUUCUAUAUUAUUGGAUAUUUCAGACAGUCUGGUACUGGAACGUGCAGCUAACGUGAAGUUUUUCCACACAGUUGAUGAAAGAAAGGCUUCUCAGUCUGAACAGAGCAGCAAUCAAAAUUCAGAUUCUGAAAUCCUAGAAGAAAAUAUUAACUUGGCCAGGGAGCAGGUGCUACAUAGGAUUUCAGGCUUCCUAAAGACAUGGCCAAAAUUAGAGAAAUGGUUUUCAGUCCAACAAAACAAUCUAGUGAAAGUAAAUGCAGAGACAGAAGAAAGUUUUGUGUGUGAAACAGUGAAGGAAAUUAUAAUAGAAGAAAUUGUGAAAAAUCAGGAUAGAAGGUCUGCUGAGGAAAUACCACCACCACCAGAAGAAGAAGAGGUUUUACCAGUUACAGAUGAAGAAGAGGUUUUACCAGUCACAAAGGAAGAAGAAAAGGUUCUACCAGUUACAGAUCAGUCUCCUUCCUCAUCUGAGGCACCACCAGUGAUUGAACCAGGAUCAGAUGAAUGGAUUUAUGUAGAGGAACCACUUCCCCAGGAGAUGAUUGAUUUUUUAGUACCUUACUGGGAAGUGGUAGAAAAUACAUAUAUUAAUACAAUCAAAACUGUACUUAGAUAUCUAAGGGAUGAACAGUACACUAUAAUUCAUUACACAGCAGAUAUUAGAAAAAAAUUUCAAGAUUAUUUGAAACGUCCACAUCUUAAGCAGGAGUUUGUAUCUCUGUGGCAAGCAGAUUUUAAUUCAAUAUCUAAUGAGCUGCAAGAUGAUGAGGAAACAAAAGCUGAACUACACCAAAGGGUUACUGACCUAAGAGAUCUUCUCUGGGAUAUCUGUAACACCAGAAGGGAAGAGGCAGAGCUGGAACGUAUUGGUAUCAUGAAUGAAGGGUGGCUACCAGAUCGCAGGGGGAUUGCAAUGAACCAUUUCUUUACAAUUAUGCAGGCUGAACUGGAUCGUUUCCAAGAUACAAAGAGACUUCUUCAUGACUAUUAUAGGGCAAUGGAAGGAAAAAUCCCAACAGAAGACACUCAAGAUUUUACUAGAAUCCCAUUGUUAGAUAUUAUUAAUGGAGACCAGAAGGAAGAUCAAGUUGAACCAAGAAGGAUUCCUCUAGUUUCUUUGAAAACACCUACACCAAGUAAUACAGAGUCAGAAAAGAGUGGAACUAAGAAGAAGAGUCUUAAGGAUAAUAGAUCUGAAAAUGAAGUGCCCACUUGCAGGGAUGAUAAAACUCUUGUCAUUGAUGCAUGGCAAGCAGCAGUAACAGCAGUAUCAGAUAUGGUAACAGCUGAAAUAGAGUUUAGAGAAAUGGAGGAAGAAAAUGAACGUCAGCUAAAACAGAAAUCUUCAAAAUCUUCAAAAGUGGCUGGGAGAGAUACCAAAGCUGGCAAAAAUGCAUCUUCCAAAUCACCUCCUAAAAAAAAAGGAGCAAAAGCCACUCCAGCUCCUAUAGACCCAGAAGAAUUAAGGAAAGAAGAACUGGCAGUUAAAAUAAAGCAAGAAUAUUUCAGUGCCUUGAAACUGGAGGAGGCAGCCACAAAAUCUCGGCUAGAACUUGUAAAAGAAAAAGCUUUAGCAUUUCUUGAGGAUCUAAAAUUUAAAGCAGAAGAGGCUUAUAAAGAUAUGGAAAAGUGGCUUGGAUCCACCUUCUUGGAGGAAAGAUCAAGUGUUGAAAGACUGGUAGAGGUUGCACGACAUCAUAUUGAGAGUGCUAGCAAAAUCUUAUAUGAAAUGACUUUAGAAGGAACAGAUUUCUUCAUAAAUGGUGAUGUAAAAAUGGUUCCUGACCCUAUUCCUGACCCUGAUCCUCCACCAGAAUUUCAACGCAUAGAAACCUCUGAAAGCAGUACUCUAACUAUUUCACAACUUACUACACUUCAUACACAGUUUCUGCAGCUGGCACCUAAAGGUUUUGUACUAAAGAAAGUAUUUAUUGAAACUGUUAGUGGCUUGGUUAAUUUGAAUCUUGGAAUAAAUUGCUACCCUGAUGCAUGGAAGAACUUAACAUUUGCAGAUUUAGAAAAACUGGCAUGUGAAUUCACGGUGAACUCACAUCUCACCGACUGGCGCAGAUUCCUGCUGGCAGCAGCGCAGCCUUGGCCAGUGCCGUCUGUGACACAGCUCCUCCAAACACUGCAUGGCUUCAAGUCUCUUGAUGUCACUGGAUCAGGCUUCGUUACACAGGAACACUAUUUACAGGUGGGCUUAUGGUUUAAUGGAAACGAAGAUCUAAGCAUAACAGAAAGUUGUGAAGAACCUGAGUCUUCAGAAAGGCUAAAACAUCUCACAGAGUUUUUCUUCCAUUUAUUUGCGGAUACCAAAAAAGACCCUGUUCUGCUGGACUAUAUUGAGAUGCUGCUUUAUUUCGCCUCCCACUCUGAUCCAGUUGAAGGUGUAUACAGAGCACUUAGCAUUGUUACUGGAGCAUAUAUUCACAGAAAAAGGAAAGCUUCCCUUCCGUGUGUGGAUUCUUCAAGCCCCAACAUAAUGUCAAAUGAAAAGACUUUAAUCGAGGAUGAAAAAGAAGUCUUGAAUUACGCAGGUGAAGAAAUUAUUUCAGUGGCAUCUCUACUCAAAGUGUUUCAUACUGGAAGAAGUAAAGAUGAAGAUUAUAAUAGAUUUAGCUGUCUGGAGAAGGCAGGCAGCUAUGAUAAGUAUUUCGUCAAGGUGUACCAAGAAUUAGGUGCUGAAGAUCUGACACCCAUUGCAUUUGAACUCCUUUUGAAGCAUCCUUUCAUGGAAGAUUUGAUUGACACAUGCCAAGAGUACAAACUUCCUGAUAUAAAAGUCUUUCUCCAAAGAUCCAAAGAAGCACAAUCAACUGAUGGGGAGCAAAACACAUGUGAAGACAUAAAUGUAUGAAAAAUUACUGUUUAUGAACAUUAAGGAAUAUUUUUUCUCAAAAUUUGUAAGAAAUGUGUCUUACAGGUCCAGUCCUCUCUUCCAUGAGAAAAGUUUUUUUGUUUAUUGUUGCAAGAGCAAAAUCCCAUUCCAGCUACACAUUUG